AUGUUGGAGAAGGAGAGGGUGGACAUAGCCACCGGGGAGGUGAGCCGGGAGCGCUGGUAUCUGCUGACCAGCCUGAGUUCCCGUCGCUGCGCACCCAAAGAACUCCUUCAAGUGAUCCGCAACCACUGGAGCGUUGAGAACAGCCUGCAUCACGUUAAAGACCGCAGUUGGGACGAGGACGUCCACACGCUGCGCCGUCCGGGUCUGGGCGAGGUAUACGCCAGCCUGGUCAACACAGCGCUCAACGCCCUGCGCCUGGAGGGAUGGUUUCCCCUCCAGAUGUCCAUGCCCCUGCGAGCCAAGACCUGCGCCUUCCGCCCAACCCAGACCAUCGCCCGCCUCCGCGGCUAA